UUGGAUUGUGCACUUUGAGACAAGUGUGCCUGUGUUUUUACCAGGUUUCUGAGAAGAAUCAGUGGGGAGAAAUUGUUGAAGAGUUCAACUUUCCCAGGAGUUGUUCUAACGCUGCCUUUGCUUUAAAACAGUAUUACUUGCGUUACCUAGAAAAGUACGAAAAAGUUCAUCAUUUUGGGGAGGAUGAUGAUGAGGUACCACCAGGCAAUCCAAAGCCACAGCUUCCUAUUGGUGCAAUUCCAUCUUCCUACAAUUACCAGCAACAUAGUGUGUCAGAUUAUCUGCGUCAAAGUUAUGGGCUAUCUAUGGACUUUAAUUCGCCAAAUGAUUACAAUAAAUUGGUGCUUUCACUAUUAUCUGGACUCCCAAAUGAAGUGGACUUUGCUAUUAAUGUAUGCACUCUCCUAUCAAAUGAAAGCAAACACGUCAUGCAACUUGAAAAAGACCCUAAAAUCAUCACUUUAUUACUUGCUAAUGCCGGGGUGUUUGAUGACACUUUAGGAUCCUUUUCUACUGUAUUUGGAGAAGAAUGGAAAGAGAAGACUGAUAGAGAUUUUGUUAAGUUUUGGAAAGAUAUUGUUGAUGAUAAUGAAGUUCGUGACCUCAUUUCUGACAGAAACAAGUCUCAUGAAGGUACAUCAGGAGAAUGGAUUUGGGAAUCUUUAUUUCAUCCACCUCGAAAGCUGGGCAUUAAUGACAUUGAAGGACAGCGGGUACUUCAGAUUGCAGUGAUUUUGCGAAAUCUUUCCUUUGAGGAGGGCAAUGUUAAGCUCUUGGCAGCUAAUCGUACCUGUCUUCGUUUCCUAUUACUUUCUGCACAUAGUCAUUUUAUUUCUUUAAGGCAAUUAGGCCUUGACACAUUAGGAAAUAUUGCAGCUGAGCUUUUAUUGGACCCAGUUGACUUCAAAACUACUCAUCUGAUGUUUCAUACUGUUACAAAAUGCCUAAUGUCAAGGGAUAGAUUUUUAAAGAUGAGAGGCAUGGAAAUUUUGGGAAAUCUUUGCAAAGCAGAAGAUAAUGGUGUUUUAAUUUGUGAAUAUGUGGAUCAGGAUUCAUACAGAGAGAUCAUUUGUCAUCUCACUUUACCUGAUGUGCUGCUCGUGAUCUCAACACUUGAGGUGCUAUAUAUGCUCACUGAAAUGGGAGAUGUCGCUUGCACAAAAAUUGCAAAAGUAGAAAAGAGCAUAGACAUGUUAGUGUGUCUGGUUUCUAUGGAUAUUCAGAUGUUUGGCCCUGAUGCACUAGCCGCAGUAAAACUUGUCGAGCAUCCAAGUUCCAGUCAUCAAGUUUUAUCUGAAAUUAGGCCACAAGCUGUAGAGCAAGUCCAAACCCAGACCCAUGUAGCAUCUGCCCCAGCUUCCAGAGCAGUUGUAGCACAGCAUGUUGCUCCACCUCCAGGAAUAGUGGAAAUAGAUAGUGAGAAGUUUGCUUGUCAGUGGCUAAAUGCCCAUUUCGAAGUAAAUCCAGAUUGUUCUGUUUCUCGAGCAGAAAUGUAUUCUGAAUACCUCUCAACUUGCAGUAAAUUAGCUCGUGGUGGAAUCCUAACAUCAACUGGAUUUUAUAAAUGUCUUAGAACGGUCUUUCCAAAUCAUACAGUGAAGAGAGUGGAGGAUUCCAGUAACAAUGGUCAAGCACAUAUUCAUGUGGUAGGAGUCAAACGGAGGGCGAUACCACUUCCCAUUCAGAUGUACUAUCAGCAGCAACCAGUUUCUACUCCUGUUGUUCGUGUUGAUUCUGUUCCUGAUGUAUCUCCAACUCCUUCACCUGCAGGAAUCCCUCAUGGAUCACAAACUGUAGGAAACCAUUUUCAGAGGACUUCUGUUACCAACCAAUCUUCAAAUUUGACUGCAACACAAAUGUCUUUUCCAGUACAAGGUGUUCAUACUGUGGCACAGACUGUUUCAAGAAUUCCACCAAAUCCUUCGGUUCAUACCCACCAGCAGCAAAAUGCUCCAGUGACUGUCAUUCAAAAUAAAGCUCCAAUUUCUUGUGAAGUUGUUAAGGCUACUGUAAUCCAGAAUUCUAUGCCUCAGACAGCAGUUCCUGUUAGUAUUGCUGUUGGAGGAGGACCUCCACAGAGUUCUGUGGUUCAGAAUCACAGUACAGGGCCCCAGCCUGUUACAGUUGUGAAUUCUCAGACAUUGCUUCACCAUCCAUCUGUAAUUCCACAACAAUCUUCAUUACACACAGUGGUUCCAGGACAAAUACCUUCAGGCACUCCUGUUACAGUAAUUCAGCAAGCUGUUCCACAGAGUCAUAUAUUUGGCAGAGUACAGAACAUACCACCAUGUACUUCUACAGUAUCACAGGGCCAACCGCUGAUCACAACAUCACCCCAACCUGUGCAAACUUCAUCUCAACAGACAUCAGCUGGAAGUCAGCCACAAGACACUGUUAUCAUAGCACCCCCACAAUAUGUAACAACUUCUGCAUCGAAUAUUGUUUCAGCAACUUCAGUACAGAAUUUUCAGGUAGCUGCAGGACAGAUGGUUACCAUUGCUGGUGUCCCAAGUCCACAACCCUCAAGGGUAGGGUUUCAGAAUAUUGCACCAAAACCUCUCCCUUCUCAGCAAGUUUCAUCAACAGUGGUACAGCAGCCUAUUCAACAACCACAGCAGCCAACCCAACAAAGUGUAGUGAUUGUAAGCCAGCCAGCUCAACAAGGUCAAACUUAUGCACCAGCCAUUCACCAAAUUGUUCUUGCUAAUCCAGCAGCUCUUCCUGCUGGUCAAACAGUUCAGCUAACUGGACAACCAAACAUAACUCCAUCUUCUUCACCCUCGCCUGUUCCAACUAAUCAAGUCCCUACUGCCAUGUCAUCAUCUUCCACCCCUCAAUCACAGGGACCACCUCCUACUGUCAGUCAAAUGCUCUCUGUGAAAAGGCAGCAACAGCAGCAGCAUUCACCAGCACCCCCACCACAACAAGUACAAGUUCAGCAGUCACAACAAGUACAGAUGCAAGUUCAACCUCAGCAAACAAAUGCAGGAGUUGGUCAGUCUGCUUCUGGUGAGUCAAGUCUGAUUAAACAGCUGCUGCUCCCAAAGCGUGGUCCUUCAACACCAGGUGGUAAGCUUAUUCUCCCAGCUCCACAGAUUCCUCCCCCUAAUAAUGCAAGAGCUCCUAGUCCUCAGGUGGUCUAUCAGGUGGCCAAUAACCAAGCAGCAGGUUUUGGAGUACAAGGGCAAACUCCAGCUCAGCCCCUCUUGGUUGGGCAACAAAAUGUUCAGUUGGUCCAAAGUGCAAUGCCACCCACAGGGGGAGUACAAACCAUGCCCAUCUCGAAUUUACAAAUAUUGCCAGGCCCAUUGAUCUCAAAUAGCCCAGCAACCAUUUUCCAAGGGACUUCUGGUAACCAGGUAACUAUAACAGUUGUGCCAAAUACAAGUUUUGCAACUGCAACUGUGAGUCAGGGAAAUACAGCUCAGCUCCUUGCUCCAGCAGGAAUUACCAUGAGCGGAACGCAGACAGGAGUUGGACUUCAGGUGCAAGCGCUUCCAGCCACUCAAGUUUCUCCAGCUGGACAAUCAUGUACUACUGCUACUCCCCCAUUCAAAGGUGAUAAAAUAAUUUGCCAAAAGGAGGAGGAAGCAAAGGAAGCAACAGGUUUACAUGUUCAUGAACGUAAAAUUGAAGUCAUGGAGAACCCCUCCUGCCGACGAGGCACCACAAACACCAGCAAUGGGGAUACAAAGGAAAAUGAAAUGCAGGUGGGAAAUCUGUUAAAUGGGAGAAAGUACAGUGACUCAAGUCUACCUCCUUCAAACUCAGGGAAAAUUCAAAGUGAGGCUAAUCAGUGCUCACUAAUUAGUAAUGGGCCAUCAUUAGAAUUAGGUGAGAAUGGAGCAUCUGGAAAACAGAACUCAGAACAAAUGGAUUUGCAGGAUAUCAAAAGUGAUUUGAAAAAACCCCUAGUUAAUGGAAUCUGUGAUUUUGAUAAAGGAGAUGGUUCCCAUUUGAGCAAAAACAUUCCAAAUCACAAAACUUCCAAUCAUGUAGGAAAUGGUGAGAUAUCUCCAAUGGAACCACAAGGGACUUUAGAUGUCACUCAGCAAGAUACUGCCAAAGGUGAUCAAUUAGAAAGAAUUUCUAAUGGACCUGUAUUAACUUUGGGUGGUUCAUCAUCUGUGAGCAGUAUACAGGAGGUUUCAAAUAUGGCAACACAGCAAUUUAGUGGUACUGAUUUGCCCAAUGGACCUCUAGCUUCAAGUUUGAAUUCAGAUGUGCCUCAGCAACGCCCAAGUGUAGUUGUCUCACCACAUUCUACAACCUCUGUUAUACAGGGGCAUCAAAUCAUAGCAGUUCCCCACUCAGGAUCAAGAGUGUCCCAUUCUCCAGCCCUAUCAUCUGAUGUUCGGUCUACAAAUGGCACAGCAGAAUGCAAGACUGUAAAGAGGCCAGCAGAGGAUAAUGAUAGGGAAAUAGUCACAGGAAUUCCAAAUAAAGUUGGAGUUAGAAUUGUUACAAUCAGUGACCCUAACAAUGCUGGUUGCAGUGCAACAAUGGUUGCUGUGCCAGCAGGAGCAGAUCCAAGCACUGUAGCUAAAGUAGCAAUAGAAAGUGCUGUGCAGCAAAAGCAGCAGCAUCCACCAACGUACAUACAGAAUGUGGUCCCACAGAACACUCCUAUGUCACCUUCACCAGCUGUACCAGUGCAGGGCCAGCCUAACAGUUCUCAGCCUUCUUCAUUCAGUGCAUCCAGUCAACAUGGAGAUCCACUGAGAAAACCUGGACAGAACUUCAUGUGUCUGUGGCAAUCUUGUAAAAAGUGGUUUCAGACACCCUCCCAAGUCUUCUACCAUGCAGCAACUGAACAUGGAGGAAAAGAUGUGUAUCCAGGGCAGUGUCUUUGGGAAGGUUGCGAGCCUUUUCAGCGACAGAGGUUUUCUUUUAUUACUCACUUACAGGAUAAACACUGUUCAAAGGAUGCACUUCUUGCAGGAUUAAAACAAGAUGAACAAGGACAAGCAGGAAGUCAAAAAUCUUCUACCAAGCAGCCG